AUGAGUGCCAUCGCUUCAUAUAGCUACGGAAACUUCGCCUGGUUAGGAACCCAGGCACUUCCCCUUAUCCUCUGGCCUUCCUUUGUUGGAUCGCUUCUUCGAUCUGAGGGCGAGCCUUCUUCUCCUCUCGAGACCUACUUUGGUCGAUCGCUUGGCCUAGCUCUUCUUGCGCUUGGCUUCACUAUAAUCGUUCUCUCAGGCGCUCUUCCUCUUGAUUCUACUUCAAAGGAAGCUCCGGAUGGGGCACCCUCUCCUUACGCUUCCGCUGCUGUCCUCGUAUCCACUCUACACAAUGUAGCGAGCGCCUUCUACUGCUACGGUCGCUUCGCCUGGACCCGAGAGACAGGUUUCUUGCUUGGCUGUGUAGGCAGCGCAAUCUUUGCGACUUUCGGACUCUACUGCGUUAUGUUUGCGGGCGACAAAGCUAUGACGAGCCGGUACCACAAGUUUGACCAGAGCACAAGCGGAUUUCCAUUCAAGAACUCGCAAUCUUACCGGGCCAAGAAGAAGGCACUGUAG